AUGGCUGCGUUUCUAGGAUACUCCAUAAGUGCAGUCUUUUUACUCCCAAUCCCAGACAUCAUUGGAAGAAAGCCAAGUCUUAUCUCAAUGUCAUUGGUCUCUAUUGUUACUUAUUUCUUGUUUAUGUUUGCACAGAGCCUUAUUCAGAUAUAUCUACUUGCUUGAGUGACCGGUGGAACAAUCUUGGUGAGGAUGACAGUAGCUUAUAUUUAUGCACUUGAAACCGUAUCUAGUGAAACUCAGAAAAAGAUUGUUCCUUGCUUGAUUAUAACAGAGAAGUUGACGAUCAUAUCUAUCCCGAUCAUCAUGUGCAUAACUAAAAGCUGGCUAGCAAUCAUAAUCCCUUUCUGCUGCAUCAGCAUCUUUGCUACGGCCUUCAUAUUCUUUGUCCCAGAAUCUCAAAAGUUUUUAUGAAAUAAGAAUCAAGCUAGAGCAAAGGAAGAACAAACAUCUUCAACUGGGCGGAUGUUUGAUCGACAAGUAGCAGAGACAACAAUAAAUGGUGAUAAAGAUCAACCUCAGUUCAUGAACAACUUCAAAGACUGUAGUAAACUCCUAAAUCUAUUGAUAAUGAUUUGCAGCUGGUCAUUCACAAGUGCUGGAUACUAUCUUGUGUGUUACAAUGUCAAAUAUUUUGAAGGUUCAGUGUAUACCAACAGUAUUCUUUUUGGGGUUGCAGGCCUCAUUGGAGUGAUCUUGUUCAGUAUCUUAAUUAAUCUCAUCUCAAGCAAAAAGCUCCUGAUCAGUUCGUUCUUCUUAACACUGUUUGGAAGUGUUGGAUACUCAGCAACUUUACAAUAUCCAAGCCUAGUCCCAAUUUGGAUCCUGUUCAUGGUAGGUAGCUUCUCUAUCCAAUUCAGCCUGUGAUACUACUUAAACUGUGAGUUAUUUCAGCCAGCAUUCAGGACAAGAGUGUACUCAAUCUGCAACUUCUGCUCAAGGUCAUGCUCAAUAUUAUCCCCUCUCCUCUCAGAGACGCUCUCAAACCCUAUAAUCCUCAUCUCCGCUUGCUCUAUCCUAAUGCUUCUUCUAUCACUCAACCUAACCCCCAAACCUAACUAUCGAAGCUAUUCUUAAAACCCCAGCCUGUAAAGGUAGCAUAACUUGAGGCCGUCACUAGUAGU